GUCUCCCGCAGCCACGUCUGGCUUCUCCCUCUGUCUUGGUUUACUUGAUUCACUCAACAAUUUUCUAAUUUCUACUUACUCUUCUACUGCUUCACCUUCUUCACCUUCUUCACCUUCUUCUUCUUCCUCCUCUCCCUCCUUAAGCUUUGCCCUGUAGUUUGAGAAGUCUAAAGGGGGGCAAUGAAAGGGAAGGGAGAAAUGGUGUUCAAAUCAAGGAUGAAAUGGGUUGGUUUGGUGGGUAUUGUUCUUUCCGCUUUUUCCCUCUUCACCCAUUUCUUUCUUGCUAGAUUUACUCAGGACAGCAUUUCUGAGUUCCAAUCCUCUAUUACAAUCUUCUCUUGGAGACCUGUUUUUGAACAUGCAGAUUUUUCCCCAACUAGUCCUUUGUUUAGACGGCUUUGGGGCCCAGUUCGGCGGCUGGAGGCUUUGCAUCCUGAUGCAAAUCCCAGACAACACUAUCCUGAUCCCUCAUUACAAUCAAAUGGAUUCAUCUUUGUCAGGAUACAGGGCGGAUUCCAUGAGAUCAGGAAUUCGAUAUGCGAUGUUGUUGUCAUUGCUCGGCUCCUUAAUGCAACGUUAGUAGUUCCUGAGAUUCAAUCAACCACAAGCAGCAAAGGAAUCAGCUCCCAGUUCAAGAGUUUUUCUUACCUUUAUAAUGAAGACCAGUUCAUUGCAGCCUUGACUAGAGACAUUAAAGUUGUUAAGACACUUCCAAGAAAUCUGAAAGGUGCUCGAAGGAAAAAAGAGAUCCCAAGUUUUAAAGCACCUUACUUGGCAUCUCCUUAUUUUUAUCGGCACAAUGUGCUUCCUGUUUUAAAGAAGCACUCGGUGGUUGAACUUGUUGUCUCCGACGGUGGGUGUUUGCAGGCUCUCCUUCCGCCCAAUCUUGAAGAGUAUCAGAGAUUGAGGUGUAGAGUUGCCUUCCAUGCUCUUCGAUUCAGAGUGGAAGUUCAGGAUCUUGCCACCAAAAUUCUGCAUAGGUUAAGAGCUCCGGGUAGGCCGUUCAUAGCCUACUAUCCUGGGAUGACAAGAGAGGCCUUAGCGUAUUACGGUUGUGCUGAACUGUUUCAGGAUGUACAUAAUGAGCUCAUUCAGCACAAAAGAUUGUGGAUGCGAAGACGCGGGAUCGUCAAGGGGAAGCUUUCAGUGAAUUCCGAGGAUCAACGGCUAAAUGGUUCAUGUCCUCUAAUGCCAGAAGAGGUAGGAAUUCUUCUCCGGGCCCGUGGAUAUUCAUGGGACACCAUUAUAUAUGUGUCAGGUGGGGAAGUUUUCGGUGGACAAAGAACCUUGAUUCCUCUCCAUGCUACUUUUGAGAAUGUUGUUGACAGGACUUCCCUUAGCACCCCAUGGGAACUUAACAGGCUUUAUGGUCGUGAGAUUAAUGUCGGUGGAAACUAUCCAAGAUCUCCGCCUUCCAUUUUGAAGGAGUCAAAACCUGAUGCGUGGAAUACUAUUGGUCCACGUCCUCGCCCGUUGCCACCUCCACCAGCAAGGCCAAAAUAUCCACACAACAUAGAAGGUUGGUGGGGUUGGGUGGCUGAGAGUGACAUUGAACCUGAAAGUACCGUGAUGGAACUGAGGACCAAUGCCCAUAAAUUGCUUUGGGAAGCUAUAGACUAUUUCAUAUCGGUCGAAGCUGAUGUUUUUAUUCCUGGGUUUGAUCGUGAUGGUAAGGGGCAUCCAAAUUUUGCAAGCUUGGUGAUGGGCCACAGGCUUUAUCAGUCAGCUUCGCUUAAAACAUACCGACCUGAUAGAAAAGUAAUGGAAACUCUCUUAGCAGAAACCAGAGAACACCUAUAUCAAGCAAACUAUACAUGGCUGAGAUCGAUUCGUCAACAUCUAAGGAAGUCAUUACUUGAUGGACUGAUAGAAGCGUCAACGGUAUCUAAAUCAAUAUCUUUUCUAUCUCAUCCUGUUCCUGAAUGUGCUUGCUCAAGACAGGACUCAGACCAAUCGCAAGCUCAGGCUGGAGGUCUAGGAGUUGUGCACCGUUGUCCGAUUUGGAUGCAUAGUCAGUCGGGCUUCAGAUCAAAAGAUAAGCAAACUGAAGAAGAGGACGAUGAAGAUGAGUCAACAUCCGAACUAUUUUUCGGGUACAAGAGUGAAAACCGAGUAGAGGGGAGUGGAGAGAUGAAUAGUAAGGAAGCAAUUCUGCUGAAUGAUCAAGAGGAACUUGAUGGUGGAGAGAGAUAGAUAAUAAGGGACUAAGUUCAGCAACAGUUUUGUAAUGCUCACAAAUGACCAUUGCCUGAGGAAGGCACUAACAAGUUGAAGGAUUAUGUAACAUGCCAUUCUUUUGGCUGAUGAUUGUUCUAGAGCACUGGGUUCAGUUUCUCACCUUUAAGUUUAAUGUUCUUUACAAUCUGCUCUGGUUAGAAGCUUUACUUGAAUGAAAAGCCAACAGUGUAAUCCAUGUAAAUUUACUUGUUAAUCCUUGUUUUGAAGGGAAAACAGGGGCUUAUUUUACUA